AUGUCUAUAAACGGGGAUAAUAAUAGUAUUACUGGAUUUGAUGGAACAGAGCAUCAGGCGGCCUAUGUAUUUACUCCUACCUCUAUACCUUCAGAAGACCUACUUCAGCGACCUAAGAAGCGUAGGAAGGUAGGAAAGACGGCAACAAAAGCCCCUGAUAUCAGUGGCGAUGUAGAGCCUUUCAAACUUGCACCAUUGUUUGAUGAGAAGGAGUCUCAUGAACUUUCAAAUCUACGUUUAAACUUAUUUAACAAGUAUUGGCCGGAAACAGAAACAAAAAUCCAGUCAAUCCUGAAUAAAGCAAAUGAGGGCACUUUGUCAGAGGUCACAUCCUUUGUAGAAAAUGAAAGGAGCAUAGGCAAGGUCCCAGCAGGCUUUAUUGUAACUGGGCCAAAUAUCACGUCUCAAGGCUUGCUUUUUGAACAACUUUCAACAAGACUUUCCAACGAGUUUAAUGGUCCUGUUGUCACUCUUAGAUCCGGAGAAUCGUCAAACUUAAAGGUACUGCUUAAAAAGCUUAUUAGAGAUGUUACUCAUCAAAAGUCAAAUGGCGAAGACGAGAAUGACAAUUUCCUUGAGCAAGAUGGUCGUAAACUUCUGAACUAUGAUUUGGAAAUCAUUCAUGGUUAUGUUAAAGCCCACGGGUGUGAUAAAGUGAUUGUAUCAUUUCAGGAUAGUGAAGCAUUUGACUCUAGUCUGCUUGGAGACGCAAUAUCCUUGUUCAGCUCCUGGCGAGAUCGCAUCCCAUUUUUUCUGUUGUUUGGAAUUGCUACAUCCGUCGAGUUAUUCCAAGAACGCCUUUCUCGUGUCGCUGCUCGAUCUUUACAUGGAGCACAAUUCGAUGUGGAGCAAACAAGCUCCAUCCUUGAAAAUAUAUUCUUAGAAGUUAUCGCUGGAUCAGAUGCUCCGAUAAGACUGGGACCAGGCAUUCUAUCGAGUCUUAUGGAACGUCAAAAUGAUCAUGUUCAGAGUGUACAAGCUUUUAUUGGGGCUUUAAAGUAUGCGUACAUGUGUCAUUUCUAUGCCAACCCUUUGAGCAUAUUCCUGGGCCUCGCAGACGAACUUGAAUUGGGACCCCUUUUACAAAUAGAGCAUUUUGAAGCUAUUAGAAUGUUUCCAUCAUUUCAAAAAUAUACUGAAAGGCUUGUAGAUCAAGGCGAAUUAGACCGGGCCAUGGGGUUGAUUAACGAUGAUGAGCUCCUUCUACAAGAGGUAGAAAGUUCUAUCAAAGGCAAAGAUUGUGCAGUGCAGAAGAUCCUCAGAAUCAUGCAUAUUCUAGUUACUUUGGCAGUCGAAGUACCAGAGAAGAUCGAUCUCUAUAUUAAAGCAUCAACUGGUUCAUUAAAGAACUCUGAAAUUGUGCGUUCGAUUGUGGAUUCAAUUAAACGCGCAAGUCUCGAUGAUUUUCUAGGGAUCAUUACCUCACUCAAAGAAGCUGUAGAGAGUGGAAGCACUGAGCUGAAUCUCGAAUCAUGGUCGGAUAUGGAACCGGAAUUCUAUUCAGAAAUCGCGAGUAUCAUGAAAGACGCUUCAUCACUCGCAGGCUCGGAUACAGGAAAGUCUAUCCGCAGCAGUUACAACAAAGCACUCCGCACUACAAUCAUUUCUCAGAAGGUCCAAAUUAGUCAGGAUAGAUCAGUACUCACAAAGCAAGACAAAGAGUUCACAGCGCUCGUUGACCACUUAAUUCAAGCCAUACAGAAUUUCGUAGAUGUGGACAAAUUACAAGAUCAAUUCGUUUCCGAAAUUUGGCUCUACGAUCUCAGGUUGCCCUAUCUAGAUGCCUUUACACCUAAACCCCGGUUUACAAUCGAACGGGCCCUGUCCUCACCGCACGACUAUCUUUCUUGUGCAUGUUGCGACCCUACGCAAGAGGGAGCACUAAUGUCUCAUCCACCUACCGCGAUUUUAUACAAACUGUUCUUAGAAGCAGGAAACUUGAUUAAUAUUUUCGAUCUCUGGACUGCCUUUAUUGCUAACCUGGGACCGGAAUACGACGAGGGCGAAGAGAGCGAAAGACAAGCUUUGAUGUUAUUUUACAGAGGGCUUGCAGAUUUGAAAUUGUUGGGCAUGAUCAAGCAGAGUAGAAAAAAGACGGAUCACUUGACGAAAUUAGCAUGGAAGGGUUUGUAA